UCAGCUCUAUGUGAAAAAUUACAUGUAGUGAGACAGAAGCACCACCUCAGAAUUACAUCUGAAAUGUCCGCUGGAACAUCUGUAUUACUCAGCUGGACCCAGCUGUGGCUCUGCCUCCUUGUUUUGGUCCGUGCAGACCAGAAAAACAUAACAUCUAAGUCUGGACAGAACGUUACUCUGCCAUGUCGAGCUCCAAACAAGGACAUCCCCAUCAUUGUUUUAGAGUGGAGCAGAGGUGACCUGGGAGAUGAAUAUGUCCUUUCGUACCGGGAUGAGCAGUUUGAUCCAGAACAACAGCAUCCAUCUUUUAAGAACCGGGUGGAUCUGCAGGACAGACAGAUGAAGGAUGGAAACGUGUCUUUGAUUGUGAAGGAUGUGACGAUUAACGACACUGGAACAUACGAGUGUUGUGUUGUCCAGAGAGGAACUAAACGCAGGAAGAGAGCUGUUGGUGACCCCAUCAGCAUCAUUACACUGAGAGUUGUUCCUCCAGACCAGAAAAUCAUCAUAGCUGUGCCGGGACAGACAAUCACUCUGCCAUGUCGAGCUCCAAACAGCGGCAACCCCAUCAUAGCUGCAGAGUGGAGCAGAGCUGACCUGGAGCAAGAAUAUGUCCUUUUUUACCGGGACGAUAAGCUUGAUACAGAAGAGCAGCAUCCAUCUUUUAAGAACCGGGUGGAUCUGCAGGACAGACAGAUGAAGGAUGGAGACGUGUCUCUGAUUCUGAAGGAUGUGACGACUGAUGACUCUGGAGCGUACGAGUGUUACGUGGUCCAGAGAGGAGCGAACCGCAGGAAGAGAGCCAGUCUGGAUAGUGACCCCAUCAGCACCACCUACCUGACUGUUGUUCCUCCAGGCCAGAAAAACAUCACAGCUGAGUCUGGACAGAACGUCACUCUGACAUGUCGAGCUCCAAACACUGUCCUCAUGCCAGACCAGAAAAACAUCACAGCUGAGUCUGGACAGGACAUCACUCUACCAUGUCAAGCUCCAAACAACAAAACCAUCAAAGGCGUUGAGUGGAUCCAACCUGAACUGGAGCAAGAACAUGUCCUUUUUCACUGGGAUGAAAAAUUUAUUCCAAACAACCAGGAUCCAUCUUUUAAGAACCGGGUGGAUUUGCAGGACAGACAGAUGAAGGAUGGAGACGUGUCUUUGAUUCUGAAGGAUGUGACGAUUAAUGACACUGGAACAUACGAGUGUCGUGUCCUUGUGAGGGGAGCAAACCGCAGGAAGAGAGCUAAUCUGGGUGGUGACCCCAUCAGCAUCAUCUACCUUCAUGUUGUUGAUCCUCCAGGUCAGACAGGAGGACACACAGAGGAUGGAGGGAAGGAGGAUGGAGGGAAGGAGAUUCCCCACUAG